UGGGGACAAAAUUCGACAGCAUCCACAUUGCCAUCCAAGAAGCAAUUAGCCAAAUCCAUCAACCAGUAAAACUGUAACCUGAUAUUGAAGGAAAAAAAAGGAGAAAUUUUGUAACAGAACUCCAAUUUAAGAUGAGCAAACUGAACUCUCAUUAAGCACCUCAGUUACCAGACACACAGUGAUGCACAAGGACAAACCAUUGAUAUUAGUGUUUUCAAACCCAAUCAAAUCCGAACAAAACAAGACAAGGGGUCACUGAAAAGCCAGAUCCGUCAUCACGGAGUCACAUAAAAACUAAAAUUAUAAAUAUUAUGUCAAUAAUGCAAGAAAUCAAGUCUUUUACGAAAUUGAACCAGAGAAACAUUAAUGGUCCUGUACAUAACUUUCCUUCCCUCUGAUAAUAUCACUCUCACAACUCUGAAAUUCUUUCCUCAUACGGCCAGAAAGAGUAAACAAGAAAGCAUCAUUAGAAAAGAGUUCAGAUCCAUAAAGAAGGAAGUUGAGAAGUUAGUAUUUUACGUCAUGAUUUCUGAAGUUUUCAGCAUUAGGUUGACAAAAGGUCAUAUUCAAAGGUGAUUUGUGAAUCAACCAUUAGUCAUUUUAACAAACCGAUGAAACGGUGGCAAAUCACGGUAAGUAAGGGAGAUUCCACAAAAAGAAAAAGAGAAAAAGGUUUAGAAACCAAGAAAAACAAAUCUCCUAAAACAUUACAUCAGACCAGAUUUUCAGACCAAAGUUUUCAGAUUUUGUGUUGCAUUCACAUUGAGUUUUGAACAAACCAUAACUCCUUUUCACGAGCCACAAAAACUGAGGUAAACUACUUCCACUGUAAGAGAUUUUCAAGAAAAGAAACCUCAGAAAAAUAACUCAAAGGAUAGGAAUAACUAAUCCUAAACAGAAAGCCAGAAUCUGGAUUUUUAGAUUUUCAGUUCAGACAUGUCCGGUUCAAAUCACUUUUUUUAACAAUCCACAACUCCGUUUCAGAAUCCGUAAAAAAAAAAGUGAUAAUCUACACUGAACGAAUAAGAAAAAGAAAUCCCUGAAAACAGUUAACGACCUAAGAGAAAAAUGCAUCUCAACAGAAACCUGCUAAUCUGAUUUCUGCACUUUCAGAAACACCAAGUAUACAUACUCUGUCUGUUUAAGCAGAAUUUUCCAAAAUCUACAUAGCUAUUUAAUGUAGCGUAAAACCCAGAACAAAUGUAGGUUUAUAAAUAAGGGUUUUUCCAGAGAACCAUGAAUAAACAGGACUAGAAGACAUAAUGAUUAAGAUUCUCAAAUAACAAUUCAAAUCUGAAUUUUUGAUUUGGAUGAGACAGAAUUCGUACCAAGGUUGUUCCUUCCCUUUUCAUUUACUUCCUAACUCAAAACUUAAAUCUCAGAGUCAUCAAAUAAUAAUUUCUAAAUAUCCAAAACCAAGCCUAAUCAACGAAGCAUAAUAUGCAAUCAAGAAAGAAAACAGAAGCUCCGGUUCACCGAGAGCGUUCAAACCAUCAAGCACCUCCGAGGUACUUUGCUUUCUAUUUCGUAUAAAUAAUCCAACAUCCCAAUCGGAUUAACACCCAAAACGAAGAAGAAACAUCUUGAACAUAACCUAACUCUUGUAAUUUAAUUUGAAAAGUAUCAAUUGAAGGUGUAGAAGAAGACUAGCGUAUUACCUCAGAUCAAAUUCCAAAAUUGGGGAGCUCCCUUCCUACCUCAAUUUGAGUUCUAAUCUCUAAACCUUUUAAGGUUCUGAAUUUCCCAUUCUCUUGCUUCUAUUUUCCUUCCUAUCUUCGGGCAAACAAGCGUUACUGGACACACCGGAGGAAGGAAAGAAAUAGAAGUUAAAAAGGAAGGAAGGAGAAAGGGGAAGAAGAUGACCGAUGGGGUGGGGGCUUUUGGAUUGGAAUUUAUAUGAUAAUUCAUAUGCUAUCAUUAUGAUUUAUGUAAGCCCGAAAUGUAAUUUCGAACUCGAAUAAUCAAAAAUAAAAAAAUUUGACAUCCUACCUAUUCGAUUCCAAAUCGGGUCUUAAGCCUUACUGUUUUUUUUACUCGGGCAGGGCAGCCAAGGUUUCCGUUGUCGAAACAAACACGGAUUCUGGGUGCUGCUGUUGGAUUCUAACUAGCUUUCAAUUAAUUCUUACCACUUAAUACCUCGUUGAACUUUUCCGAGAAUUGUUUCAUCAAUUUCACCAAAAUCAAAAUCCUCAUCACAUAAAAUUCCCUCCGACUGAAGCAAAAUCUCCAUCGGCCGAUCAGAAGAGUUCACACGAAUUCUUCACCCAAUAUUCAAUCAUGGCUGGCAAAAGUGCUGGUUUUUCCAUACAGAACCAGUGUCUCUUGUUACUCCUCUUCGUUUCAGGUGCUUCUCUAUUUCCUUCUAUUUGUCUCUUUUUUUUGUUAUUAUACGUUUUAAUUUACAGUCUGCAUAUUGGUUUUGAUUGCGGAAAUUUUAAUUACAGUCUAUGUUUGUAAUUUACUCAUCACUAGAACAUGAGAGACUUGCUGCUGCAACAGUUGCGAGGGAGAUAAUUUUAAUCUUUUUGAAAUUGCUUGUUGCUCGUUAUAAUAACUGAUUAUAAUAGUUUUUUUUUUAAUGUAUACUACUUGUGUUCAAAAAAAUUGUUCACAUUAAAUCUUAAAGUAAUUGAUUAGAUUACCUUAUAUAGUGAUCUUUGAUUCCUUUAAUUUAAUUUUUUUUGGGACUGAGGGGCAGAGGGAGUAUAUACUAUAUAAAGUAGUUGAUUCUAGCUACUUCCUUUUUAUCAAAGAUUAUAAUGUUAAAUCCGUAUGGAAAAUUACUUCAUGGGGUUUUUUUUUUAGUACUCUAUUAUUUUUGUCAAAUAAAAAUUCUUUCAUGGUAGUUGUUAAUUAGGUAGGUUUACUGACUGUUCUAAAUACUGUUUUGAACAACUGUGAGUGGGGGUGACAGUGUAUGCUAGGAAACCAAUUAAGAUAGGUCCUUGGACUGAAGUUGGUGGUUAUUUCUGUCAUGCUGAAGAAACUAUAAUUGGUAUUGAUCUUGGGGCUGUGAAUUCCCGCUUUGGAGUGUAUCAAAAUGGCAAUGUUGAUGUCAUAUCCAUUGAUUCUGAGCUUCUGAUCCGAGGUGGCACCGACAAUCAAUCACUCCUUCACUCAAAAUCUAUCAUUUCUUUUGCCAGGAGGUUUAUUGGAAGAGAGUUUGAUGAUCCAGAGGUUCAGAAAGAAAUCAAGAUGCUGCCUUUUAAGGUAGUUAAUCAAGGUGGGAAGCCUUACCUAACCGUGGAAAUGAAAAGUGGCAAAAUGAAGUUGAUGAGCCCUAAGGAAAUCAUUAGUAUGAUGCUGAAAGGGAUUAAGCAAAAAGCAGAAUCACACUUGGGGAAGGAAAUCGAGAAGGCCAUGCUCACUCAUCCAGCCUUUUCUUUUUCCAGUGCGCAAUUUCAGACCAUUGAAGAUGCAGGAGCCACUGUGGGGCUAAAAGUUCGUGUACUUUAUGAUGCAGCAGCUGCUGCCUAUGUAAAUUAUGGACGUAUGACUAAGCGAAAAGAAGCUAAUAUCCUAGUUUUUGAUCUUGGAGGCAGUACUUUGGAUGUUACUGUAUUGAUUACUCAAGGUAGAUUUGAUGAAGAUUUCUUUUACCACGGUCUUGCAAGAAAUGGCAGCACUCACUUGGGAGGAGAAGAUUUUGAUCAUAGAGUUAUGGCCUACUUCUUGAACCUGAUCAAGAACAAAUACAAUAGAGAUAUCAGUGGUGAUAAGCAGGCUCUUGCAAGGCUUAAAGAGGAGUGUGAGAAAGCUAAGAAAGUCUUGAGUGACCAGCCGCAUGUUCAUAUCAAAAUCGAGUCACUUUUCGAUGAAGUUGAUUUCUCUGAAACCCUAUCAAGGGAAAAAUUUGAAGAACUGAACAUGGAUCUGUUUCAGAAGACCAUAAAGCUAGUAGAGCAGUGUUUAAAGGAUUCAGGUUUGGAGAAGAAAGACAUCGAUGACAUUGUGCUGGUUGGAGGAAGCACCAGAAUUCCUAAAGUGCGAGAACUAUUAAACGAUUUCUUCGAUGGGAGAGAGCCUAAUGAGGUGAGCAAUCCAGAUGAGGCUAUAGCCCGGGGAGCUGGAACUGAAGGUGCCCUAACAUCUGGUCAACUUUACCGAAAUUCAAUGUUCGGUCUCUUACUAAAACCAGUUGUUGGAGCGAAUAUUGGAAUUGAGACAGCUGGUGGAGUCAUGGUUAGAUUUAUUCCAUGGUGCACUCUUUAUAUGGAACUUCCAUUAGAGGAGACUCAAGUUGUCACAACGAAUAAAGAUAAUCAAAAUACAGUUGCAAUCAGAGUAUAUACAGGUAAAUCCAAGUUAAGGAACAUAGGAAACUUUGAUCUGACUGGGAUCCCUCCAGCUCCAAGAGGUGUGCCCCAAAUUGAGGUCAAAUUUUAUAUGGACAGACAUGGCAAAGUGAAAGUAAGUGCCCUAGAGAAAGCAACAAACAAAUCCAACGCUAUCACCAUUGGGCAUGUGCAUAAUCAUGAGUUGCGAGAAGUUGCAGAGUUAGAUGCUCUAGAGCGGGAAUGCAUCAUCACGGGCGGCAAAAAAAUUGACAGAGAUAACAACAACACUUGUUCCGAGCUUAGAGAAACUAUGGCAAAGAAAUUUGCAUUAUUGGAUGCCAACGGCACAGGGUUGCGGAACGAGGAAGAAGUCAUUGCCUUUCUUCCUGUUCUAACAGAAAGAUCAGAGAGAACGGAAAUGGUUCAAAAUGUUAAUAGAGUCUAUGACAAUGAAACUUGUGCUGUUAGAUAGCAUAGGGAAAUUUAAGUAAGCCUAGAGUUUGCGGAUACAUGUUAAUGUUAUAAAAGUGGAAGCUCUAUCUCCUUCUUCUCUUUUAAUUAAAAUACGAUGAUUUGAGAUUGG